UGGGGGCGGUGGCAGGGCCGGUGGGCCGUGGCGGCUCCGGGUCUCGGCCCGGGCGCGGCCCUGCGCAGCCCGCCCCCGGCCGCAGGGGCGCUCCUGAGCUUCGCGGGGCCGCCUCCCGGGAUGCCUGCGCGGAGGGCGGGGCGAAGGGCUGGCCGUUGCCGACGUGGGUGUUAAGUGGCCGCCCCAGCCGCGACCCGGAGCCGAAAGCGGGCGGCGAAGCCUAAGCUGGACGCGGCCACGCCGGCGCGGCGGGAUAUGUGGUGCCUGUCAUAAGGUGCAGAGAGCUGCCUUCCACGAGACCAGCAGAAGAGUGGGCAAACAUGAAGUCCAAUCCCGCUAUCCAGGCUGCCAUUGACCUUACGGCGGGGGCUGCAGGGGGCACAGCGUGUGUACUGACUGGGCAGCCCUUUGACACGAUGAAAGUAAAGAUGCAGACGUUCCCUGACCUAUACCGGGGACUCACCGACUGCUGCCUGAAGACUUACUCCCAGGUGGGCUUCCGUGGCUUCUACAAGGGGACCAGCCCAGCUCUAAUCGCCAACAUCGCUGAGAACUCAGUCCUCUUCAUGUGCUAUGGCUUCUGCCAGCAGGUGGUCCAGAAAGUGGCUGGAUUGGACAAGCGGGCAAAGCUGAGUGAUCUGCAGAAUGCAGCUGCCGGUUCCUUCGCCUCUGCCUUUGCUGCACUGGUGCUCUGCCCCACGGAGCUCGUGAAGUGCCGGCUGCAGACCAUGUAUGAGAUGGAGACAUCAGGAAAGAUAGCCAAAAGCCAGAAUACAGUGUGGUCUGUCAUCAAAAGUAUUCUUAGGAAAGAUGGCCCCUUGGGGUUCUACCAUGGACUCUCAAGCACUUUACUUCGAGAAGUACCAGGCUAUUUCUUCUUCUUCGGUGGCUAUGAACUGAGCCGAUCCUUUUUUGCAUCAGGGAGAUCAAAAGAUGAAUUAGGCCCUGUGCCUUUGAUGUUAAGUGGUGGAGUUGGUGGGAUUUGCCUCUGGCUUGCAGUAUACCCAGUGGAUUGUAUCAAAUCCAGAAUUCAAGUUCUUUCCAUGUCUGGAAAACAGGCAGGAUUUAUCAGAACCUUUAUAAAUGUUGUGAAAAAUGAAGGAAUAACGGCCUUAUAUUCUGGACUGAAACCUACUAUGAUUCGAGCAUUCCCUGCCAAUGGAGCACUCUUUUUGGCCUACGAAUAUAGCAGGAAAUUGAUGAUGAACCAGUUGGAAGCAUACUGAAGUGUCUUGGUGGGCGUGAACCAAGCACAGGUGUUUGAGGACUACAGUUCAUCUCAGGGUUUCUUGGAGUACAAGACCAGUGUGAAGUUAUUCUGAUUUCUUGGGAAUUUUGCUUUCUGUCUUCCCUUCUACCCUACAUCUUAAACUUCAUGGAAGAACCUCUAUUUUGCAUCAUAUCAUUUCUGUCCAUAAUUGUACUGAAAUAGAAAAGUCACUGCUUUUGCUCUUGGUAAAAUAUAAAGUGGUCAGUAGCCUUAUGCACCUAAUUCAAAAGGUGGACUAUAGUUCUGUCAGGGAUUUUACUUAAACCUCCACUUGUACAUGCAAUUUGGACAGUUAUGUGUUGAGGGAAAUACAGUUUGUUUCGAUGUUUACUUCAAAUAUCAGAAAAACCCAGAGGUGAUCAUUUCUCAUGAAGAUGCUUAUAAAUGGUUGCUUAACUCAUUCUA